GUUCCUCCUCCACUUCCUCCAACUUCUCUUCCAACAGUGUCCACCGUUGGCUCGGCUCCGCUUGCCAUGCCGCCCUUGUACCCCUCGCCGGGGCCCUUCCCAAACCACCGUGCGCUGGACGCGGUGGGGAAAGAUGAGCUGCGGAAGGCUUACUACGAGACCACCAGCAAUCGCGCCUUGCCGAGCCGCAUGGGAUCGCAGGAGAUCCGUGGCGAGAACUUCCUGAAUGUGCAUAACAUUGGUCAGAGGAACACCAAGUACCUCCAGUGGACCAGGAACUUUGCGCCGUUGACCACACGAGUCUCCUGUCAUCACACCCAGUCCUAUGUGCCGCUGCCCUUGGGAGACAACAAGAUCAAUUCAGAUCUGGCCGCAUCCUUCAAGAAGGGGUGGCAGCAGAGCAAAGGUGGGAGCAUGGCCACCAUGGACAAUACCACCAUGUAUGAGGAUGACUUUCCGGGCAUGAGCAAGAAGGAGCUGCUGGGUGCUCGUCAGCCGAAUCGGAAGCCGGCGCAGACGCUGACGCAGACGGUGGCACCGCCGGGGGAGCUCUUGGAGCUUCAGUCGCACGAGCAUCGCCACUUCAAGAGCCCUGGGCCGUCGAAACUGGAGGUCGAAAGCUUUCUCGUUGGGAAGCCCCGGGCCGAGCUGGCGAAGAACCCUCGCGUGCCGCCGCCGCGGCAGGCGCUGGAGAUGGGCGGGGCGCCAGUGGACCCGCCGAAGCUCACCACCUACGUGCGGGAGCACAUCUGGCUGACGGCGUCGGAGCCCGAACUGCGUCCCACCAAGGCGGAGAAGCGGAAAGUGCAAGAAGUGAACAUGGAGAUUCUCAACAUCCGGAGGAACCCUUACACCAGCCCAGGGCAAUAGCGUUGGAAGACGUGGAGGGCGGACUGGGUGGGGUGUCUCAAACAUGAAAAAGUGA